AUGGAGACAGUGGCCAUGAGAGAGGAGGGAAGAAGGAGUUGUUGAGAAGUAAGAAGAAGGACAAGAAGGAGAAAAACAAAGACAAAGGCUAUGCUGCAUUAGGAGAGGACAGCUCACCCGACGAUAUGGAUCAGUCUGACAGCAAGAGUCCACUAAAACCAAAAAAGCCAAAGUCCUUUAAAUUCUUACAUAAAAGAGAAAAAGAUAAAGAGGAUAAGGAAAAGGAGAGAGAAAAAGACAAGGAAGACAGAAGAGAUGACAAAAGGAGAGAUGAUAGAAAGAAAGAGAAGGAAGAGAAGAAAGAAGAGAAGAAAAAGGAAAAAGAGGACAAAAAAGGGGACAAGAAGAAAGAAAAAGAAGAUAAGAAAGGUGAUAAAAAGAAAGAAAAAGAGAAGGAAAAGGAGGAGAGAAGAAGAGAAAAAGAAGAGAAGAAGAAAAUUAAAAAGGAUAAGAAAAAGAAACUUGAAGAAGUAUAUGAAGAGGAGCUGCCGGUGUUUGGUGUACCACUCUAUGUAGCAGUUGAGAGAUGCCCGAGCCAUGAUGGUAUCCACCUUCCUGUCAUUGUGAGGGAAUGCAUCGACUAUAUCGAAGAACACGGUCUACACUGUGAGGGUAUUUAUAGAUUGAGUGGAGUGAAGAGUAAAGUUCAACACCUUCGCCGUCAGUACAAUUCAGGAGACCCCGUCAGACUCACAGACCAAGAACCUCAUGUUGUUGCCUCGCUAUUAAAGCAAUAUCUCAG